AUGCCUCAAACCGAUGUCGACGCUGCCGCCGCCGCCGCCGCAGACCCUGAUCAUGUUGCAGUCCUUGCCUUCCCUUUCGCCACCCAUGCAGCUCCAUUACUAGCCAUCAUCCACCGCCUAGCCACUUCUUCCCCAAACAAACACUUCUCCUUCUUCAGCACCGAACAAUCCAACAACUCCAUCUUCUCCAUUUACAAGCAAAACAUUAACAUCAAAGCAUACAACGUGUGGGAUGGUGUCCCUGAGGGCUAUGUGUUCUCCGGGAAGCCCCAAGAGCACAUUGAAUUGUUCAUGAAGUCAGCUCCUGGUAGCUUCAAGAAGGCCAUGGAGGUAGCUGUGUCAGAGACAGGGAGAAAGGUGAGUUGUUUGGUGAGUGAUGCCUUCUUUUGGUUCGCUGGUGAGAUGGCGGAGGAGAUAGGGGUGGCGUGGCUGCCCUUUUGGACUGCUGGACCUUCCUCACUUUCUGCUCAUGUUUACACUGAUCUCCUCAGAGAGACUUUUGGAGAUGGAGGUGUAACAGGACUUGAAGACGAACUGCUAAGUUUGAUUCCAGGAAUGUCCAAAAUUCGAAUCCGUGAUUUGCCAGAAGGAGUGCUCUUUGGAAACUUAGAGUCGUUCUUUUCAAACAUGCUACAUAAAAUGGGAAGAGCGUUACCACAAGCAGACGCAGUGUUCAUCAACUCGUUUGAAGAGUUAGAACCUAGCAUAACAGAGGACUUGAAGUCUAAGUUCAAAAAAUUUCUCAGCAUCGGUCCCUUCAAUAUGAUUUCACCACCACCACCGGUGGCAGACGCAUACGGUUGCAGAACAUGGCUUGACAGCCAAAAGCUUGCUUCCGUAGCAUACGUUAGCUUUGGCUCCGUCACAACACCACCACCACAUGAACUUGUAGCAUUGGCUGAGGCCUUGGAAACAAGCGAGGUGCCAUUUAUAUGGUCACUUAAGGACAACUCGAAGGUACAUCUGCCGGACGGAUUCUUGGACAGAACCACAUCACAGGGACUUGUCGUGCCAUGGACUCCUCAAUCGGAAAUUUUGGCACACAGAGCAGUUGGGGUGUUUGUAACUCAUUGUGGAUGGAACUCGUUGCUUGAGAGUAUAGCAGGAGGGGUGCCUAUGAUUUGUAGGCCAUUUUUUGGGGACCAAAAUAUCAAUGGAAGAAUGGUAGAGGAUGUGUGGGAGAUUGGUCUCCAGGUUGAGGAUGGAGUCCUUACAAAGCAUGGACUGUUAAAUAGCUUGUAUAAAGUUCUUUCGCUAGACGGAGGGAAGAAAAUGAGGGAGAACAUAAAAGCAUUUAAGCAACUCGCAAAGGAAGCCAUUGGACCGAAUGGGAGCUCCGUCAACAAUUUUAUUGCUUUGUCAGAUCUAAUGAUAAUGAGCACCAGUUCUAAGGACGAAAAGGUAACAUCAAACACAUUCUUGGAACCCAGAUUCACAAGUAAUCAGAAAUCUCAGGAAAAUCAACAUUCAUAUCUGUAG